GUCAAUAAAUUUCUUGUUGAUAUGCAUACGUAUAUGUAUGUAUGUUUACACGCAUAAAGGAUAUCAAUUUAUAUCCAGGAUGAGGUGCCUAUAAUUGCGCAUUGUAAAAGAAUGAAUUUUAAAGAAGCACCAUGUAUAUGAAAAAACAGUGGACAUAUAAAGGAGACGUCUAGAAAGCUACUAUAAGUACCGAUGGAGAUAUACACGUUUGAUAAAAGUCUUCAAGAACGACUUGUUGAAUACACUGCGAUUCUAUCAAGUCGUGGUGAGAUUGUACCAGCUUCUCAGAUAAAGGCAGAGUGGUCAUAUCAUGUUGAGCUUGUUAUCGAGCCUGUAGGAUGGCGAGCACUUUGGAAGAUACCAAAGCUUACCUGUCAGGAGUUUGAGAUACGUUAUCCUACUGUGGUGAUUGUGGAUGUUGAGCAGGUGGACUUCUCAGAGUUGUCUGCUUUGGUGAAAAUCAUUGCUGUACAGGAUGAGAUUCAUCUACCUGAGAAAUAUGAUGUUUCUCUGACAGAGUUGUAUCCUACGCAUAAUCAGGAGAUUACUUCUUUGGAUAUGGUAGGCACUGCAUCCUGUGUAGACCAGCUGCGUUUUUUUUUUAAUUACUUGUGGAUGCCAUGGGAUGCUGAUGAUGAUGAUAAUAUGGACUGGGUAGCUCUUCAUUUGGAAUCCAGGAUUAGAUUAUUCUUUGAUAUGAAGAGAGGAUCUAUCUGUGACGAGACUUGUGAUGUCAUUAGAACAUUAAUGCGUGAAGGCAGAGAGAUUCAGGCAAAAAUUACAACAUUAGAAGCAGAUAUUUCUGAUGAGGAUGAUGAAAAUGAAAGAGUUCUGGAUGAAGGAAAAACUUGUCAGCUAAUGAAACUCCAUUUUCGACUGCAGCAAAUAAGAACUGAAAUGGAGGUACUUGAAAAUCCUGCUAUGAGAGAUAUGUUAGCAAGGAAUCGAGAACCAGAUGCCACUAAUACAGAGCUGAAGAGACGGGAGAGUCGAGGGAAACGACCUGAAGGAUAUUUUGUAUGGCUAGGUGGCUCUAUAGAAGAAACGCUGGAAUCCUUGACAAAGGUCAGGACGUUUUUGUCACCUGAUACAUUCCUAAAGACAAUAAAUUGUCUUCAAGAUGCUCUCUAUACUUCAGACACAAAUGAUAUUGUGUUGAUCGGUGAUGGAGAACAUUUAAUCCGGGGAGCUGGAGGUUUAGAAGAGGGUGGUACGAUGAAAGGACUAUGUUCUACCCAACAUACGAUACUGAUACCAAGGGAAACGGAAUGCGGACCUUCACUACUAGAUUUUUCAGGUGGAGAGGUUAUUCUAGAAAAUAUAUCCGUCGACCUAGGUGAACUUCGAGCAGGUAUUUUGGUUAGAAAAGGCAUUGUAAGAAUCUCAGACUGUCGAAUUUUCUCCUCAAAUAGCAGCGUAAUCAAACUUGGGAUCGUCGUGUUAUCUAAUGCAAAGUUAAUAGCGGAGAAAACCACAUUCAUAGGCCUUGGAAGUGCAAUUGUUGUUCAUGCGAAUGGAUACGCAUCGCUGAGCGAGUGUAAUUUUCAAAAUUGCACAGAUGGUAUUCAGCUCCAUGAUGACUCUUCAGUAUCAAUAACAGACUGUGCCUUAUCGAACUUCAAGGAAUAUGGAAUUCGCAUGGAGACAAAAAAAUAUAUCAAUGGUUUAGAACACAGUACAGGUGGUCUUAACAUUCUGGAUAAUAUUUCUGAAGUAUCACUAAAUAAUUGCAAAUUCGAAAAUAAUGGAAAAGGAGAUGUAGCACUAAGGCCAAGUGCAAAUAUAGCUUUAGCAAUUAAGCAAGAAUUAACUUCAAGUCUUGCAUCUUGAGAGAUGUGUAUCUCAACAUUUCGCAUAUUAAUUUGAAUUCUCAAGUAAAUAAGACUGUUGUAUUUGCAUUCAUCUCGUUGAGAGAUAAACUUAGUAUUACAAACAUUGAAACUUAA